UCCAUAUUCUAUCGAGCAAGGUCGACCCGUUCGGCGCUUGCGACUGUAGCAUAAAUCUCCCGACCAGAGCACAUAUCCAACAGCAGCAUCCUGAUAUACCAAGAGAGAUCCACCAAGUCGACCUGCCACAACAACCUAAUCUCGCCCGCGCACGUCAACAAAGAUCUCCUUGCGACAACGCCGACCAUUCCCUCUCUCCUCUUUCUUUCUCCCUCCGACCACCCCUACCAUCUGUACGCCACACCAGACGGCACUCGUCUGAACGACAGCGAAGCGAAGAGAGACCGCACGGCGCAAGCAGGAAAGAUCUAGGAAGGGGACAGGAACCCUGCGAGGCGACCUGUGAUAGGAACGAUCCUUUGGGUUGGAUCGGUGCAACAACAGCAGCAGGAUAAUUUUCAUUGUUCUGCUCUGCUUUUAAACCACGCUUCGCUGCGAGCCCCUCUGUGCAGAUACCGAAGCUACUGGUGUUAGUGGAGGGACGAAAAAGGAGAAGGAAAACAAGUAGCAAGGGAGGUCACAAGGGAGGACAAACCAUCAUCAACACACGGCUAUUCCAUCGCACACAAUCAACAAUACGCUUUUGUUCCUCCACCCCCACUCUUUCCAAGCACGCCGCCCUCCACAGCAGGCCGAGCAUUGUCACAACAAUAGGGUCUCCUUAUCAUCACACCUCAUCAUCACUACCCUCAAGGUGGCAAUCACUCUUCGAUACCCGCUGUCUGAGCUAGCGUGGCGUAAUCUCACCCCAUCUGCCGACCCAUCUCCACUAUCUUUGAACAACAUCUAUUUCGCAUCUUUACGACCACAAACCAACGAGGGGUUGCCAGCCAUAGACGUCAUCACUGUGAGACAAGGAGAAAUUGAAUCCGAUUAGUACCGGCCUACCCCGACCUAUGCUUGCAACUCGUCGCCCAAAGCCCUCCAUAAUACAUACCACUCCUUCCCGACUGGCAUACCCGUACGAGUCAAGACUGCCAUAGAUUUUUAUCCCAACAUCAGUCCGCGAUCUGUCAACCUUCAAUCUCCGCCCAUCAAGCCUUACCCAGGCAUGAGCGUCGUUGCCGCUCCCCUUCUUCACCAGCCGUUCUCGGACACGGAGCUCUACACCUCGCAGGGCGGCUCAGUGAAUCUUCCUCCGGUCCCGUCACACCUGCUGCCCAUCUCUGUUCCGUCUCCGAGUGUCCCCUUCCCCACUUUUCAGCAGAGACACACCUCGCCCUACCCCAUGGCUGAGCAACAUAGCUUCUCUGCCCUCGGCCCAAGUGAUGCUGAAAGCUCGACAUCGUCUGUCAAUGUUGUCCCUCCCCCCGCACCCAGGUUUCCUCCAGCAAAUUUGCCGGCAGUCACUCCGGACCUACACCCCAACCCCCAAACUCCUCUCCCGCCGACCCCCGAGUCUUCACCGCCAACGAACAAGGUGCUUGGGCCAACGAUGAUGAUCAAGUUGGCACCGCCGGCGGACGAUGAGUACGAGUAUGGGCAGGUGGACGUAGAGGCGCGCAGAGCGCUGGAGGAUCUCUCCGGUUCGCAGCAUUCGAGGGAGUCUUCGGGCAGUACCAGUACGACGCCAAGGAGGAUACCAGCCAUCUCUGUCAAUACUGCGCAAGCUAUUCCUCGCGAGCUUCAACGCACACCCUCUCCCCGAAUCCGUAAUGCUUCGGCUGGUCUUUCAUCGGAACCCAUGUCCAAGUCUGUCUCCUCCGAAGGCAAGCCUCCUCGGCCAAAGUCUAUGGGGGCACCUCCGAGGCCAAGACGGACUCAAACGGCUCAUGGACACCCUCAAGCGACCCGAAUGGCCGAAAGCAGGAGCGCAGACUCGAGAGCCAAGCUGAUAGUAAACAAUGCCAUCAGGUCGACUUCCUAUGGGGCAUCGGGUACAGGGGGCAGCAAUUCUGCUGCAAGGUCUAUCAACGAUACUGGUGUACACGUCGUCCCCGGAAAGAAGUCCAACGCUGGGGAUAUGGCACCGCCAGAUCUGGGUGGGCCAGAAGGGCUUGAAGCUAAGGUGGUCUUGCUCGGCUCGCAGGGUGUCGGUAAAACCUCCCUGAUCUUGCGGUACACCACCCGGGCCUUCUCCGCCACCCCUGCCCCAGCAACUAUUGGUUCUUCCCUACAUACCCGCAAGCUUGUCCACUCUGGUGUACGGGUCAAGCUCCAGAUUUGGGACACUGCCGGUCAAGAACGUUUCCGUUCCAUGGCACCAAUCUACUAUCGUGGCGCGCAUGUAUGCGUGCUGGUGUAUGAUAUCGCGGAUUGGCAAAGCUUCCAAGAUGUCAGGAGUUGGCUGGAGGAGUUAGGCAAGAGUGUACCCAAAGAGACCGUAAUCUUUGUAGUUGGUGCCAAGACAGAUUUGGAGGCAAAGCGGCAGAUUAGUCCUGAAGUCGCGAAAGAGACCAUCAGAUCGUGGAUCAAGCCACCCCCUCCAGAGCGAAUCCCACCGCGACUGCAGCCACCCCCCCAACGAAGUCUCUUCCGCACCUCCACUGCCGGCUCCCGCCUCGACUCUCCUGCUCCAACACCCCACACCGCCCCGGCGAGACCACACUCCUAUAUCGCCUACACCCCUGAAUCUCGCUCCGCCCCCAUUCCCGUCUCGCGCUCCAACUCGGGAGGGCCCUCUGUACCCUUCCCCAGUGCCCGAUCUAUACCUUCGUCGCCGAAAAAAGGGAAAGCAACGGAGCGGGGAGAUGUGAGCGAGAAACGGAGUAGAAGACAUAGUGCUAAGCCAUUCCCUGUCAAAAUCUCCACCUCUACAACUUCGCCCAACUUGUCAAACUUGGCUUCAUCGCCUACAAGAUUGGAGUUUCCCAGUCUGCAAUCACCUUCACGACCAACGUCAGCCACUUUCACAGAGCCAAUCAGCCCAAACCUGUCAGGUAGCAGCAGACACAAGGCUUCUAACAGCCGGUUCUCGAUCUCUGGUAUCUCCGAGGUACUUGGCUUGGGGCGCACAGUCAGCAUGUCUGGCGCUGUCCAUUCCUUGCAAGAACUGGCCGAAGCUCCUAGCUCUCCCAACCCUCUAGAAUCCUCCAUAUCCUCUCCCAGCACCUCCCCCAAUGACCCCUCUCCUCCCCGCGUUCGAACGGAAUCGAGCCCCCUCUUCCCGUCUUACGACCCCGCCCGGCUCAAGGGCCCGCGCAGGUCGGACGAGUGGGCUCGCAGCGGGUGGCGCAUGGGUGAAGGGCCUGGGGCUGCAGAGGCACUGGGAGAGUUUGGCGCGGGCGUAAGAAGAAAAGAAAGCGAAGAGCUUUUGGGAGUGGCGGCGAUGAACAGGUCGCUGCCUGCUCUAGGAAACGGAGGAUACAAGAUGCCGACCUCGUCGGCGUCGACUGGGGCGCAAGGGAGGGGUAGAGGAGGAAGCCUGGGCAGGGACCCGAGGCUGUUAGGAGAGACAGAGGAGAAGGAGGAUGGGUGGGGGGUGGAUGUGGAAGGGGUGAGGCUAGGAGAGUGCAGUGCUGCUACAGGGGAUGGUACGUCCAGCUAUUACUCUUAGGCUGCUGGCGCUGACGAUUGUGGUAGGGAUCGAGGCUCUCUUCAAAGCCAUCUCAUCGAUCCUAGUUGAACGCAAGGACAAGAUUGAACGCGAGCGAAUGCUCAAGCACAAGCACAGCGUCAUCCUCGUCGACCCCGCUGCUAAUACUUCCUCGAGCAAGAAGGAGAAGGCCGGGUGUUGCGUCUGACACAUUCCUCUCCAAGAGAGAGGUCCAAUCUUGUCUGCUCGUGCCGACUGAUCACGAUUCCACGAAACAACACAAAACAAACGAACUUCUGAUGAUUUCACGAACUCAAUCGCUUUAACGACCAAAAGUAUCUGUUACCUCACACGACAUACUGUAACGGGCUUUUUUCUCUUUCCCAGUUUUUUCCUCUUCCACCCUCUCUUCAAAAGACUUUCUGAUAUAUAUGUUUGACUGUACCAUAACACCUCGCAUAUCUCUCUUUCUCUCCCAUCUCUAUCUGGGUCGUAUACAAACUUAAUCAAGUACAUUUCUCUGGAUCAUCAUGGGUCCGAAACUUUCUUAGGUAAUUGUGGUAUCUAUAUAUGCCUCGGUGUGUAAUGCUUGUGAAAAUAGCGGCAGAGCCGCAUGCAUCUUAUGUCUUUCAA